UGGCCUUCAUGACGCUGACACUCUUUCCCAUCCGGCUUCUGCUGGCGGCCUUCAUGAUGCUGCUGGCCUGGCCCUUCGCACUGGUGGCCUCACUGGGCUCAGCUGAGAAGGAACCGGAGCAGCCCCUGGCCCUGUGGCGGAAGGCCGUGGACUUCCUGCUCAAGGCCAUCAUGCGCACCAUGUGGUUCGCGGGCGGGUUCCACCGCGUGGCCGUGAAGGGGCGGCGGGCGCUACCCACCGAGGCAGCCAUCCUCACGCUGGCGCCACACUCGUCCUACUUUGACGCCAUCCCCGUCACCAUGACGAUGUCCUCCAUCGUGAUGAAGGCGGAGAGCAGGGACAUCCCAAUCUGGGGAACCCUGAUCCGGUACAUCCGGCCAGUGUUUGUGUCCCGGUCAGACCAGGACUCUCGCAGAAAAACCGUGGAGGAAAUCAAGAGGCGAGCGCAGUCCAACGGCAAGUGGCCACAGAUAAUGAUUUUUCCGGAAGGAACUUGUACAAACAGGACCUGCUUAAUCACCUUCAAACCGGGAGCAUUCAUCCCUGGAGUUCCCGUCCAGCCUGUGGUUUUACGAUAUCCCAACAAACUGGACACCAUCACAUGGACAUGGCAGGGACCCGGAGCGUUGGAAAUCCUGUGGCUCACGCUGUGUCAGUUUCACAACCAAGUGGAGAUUGAGUUCCUUCCCGUGUACAGCCCUUCCGAGGAGGAGAAGCGGAACCCCUCGCUGUACGCCAGCAAUGUGCGCCGUGUCAUGGCCGAGGCCCUGGGCAUCUCUGUGACCGACUACACAUUUGAGGACUGCCAGCUGGCCCUGGCGGAAGGCCAGCUCCGUCUCCCCGCUGACACUUGCCUUCUCGAGUUCGCCAGGCUCGUGCGGGGCCUCGGGCUGAAGCCCGAGAAGCUUGAACAGGACCUGGAUGGGUUUGCUGAGAGUGCGAGGCUGCGGCGGGGAGGGAAGGUCGGCGUGUCGGAGUUCGCGGCCUACCUGGAGGUGCCCGUGUCGGAUGCCCUGGAGGACAUGUUCUCGCUAUUUGACGAGGGCGGCAGCGGCAAGGUGGACCUGCGGGAGUAC